AUUUCUCUGAGCGGUCACAGUAACUCAGUGUUUCUUUGAGCUCCGUCAGGAUGAGAACAGAGCUGCUCGUUGUUUACCUGCUUCCUGCUCUGGCCCAGGUGACGCUGCAAGCAGGGAGCGAUGACCUUGUGGUUUCUCUGAAUAAUGGCCAAGUCAGGGGGGAAUAUGUGACGGUGAAAGGCACCGAGAGACGGGUGAAGCAAUACCUGGGAAUCCCUUUCGCCCGGCCCCCCGUGGGGCCCCUCCGCCUGGCCCCUCCACAGGAUGCAGAGCCCUGGGAGGGGGAGAGAGACGGCACUCAUCACCCCCCCAUGUGUAUCCAGGACGCAGAAAGAUUUGUGAACGUGUCUCGUGUUCUCUCGAUGACGUACAGCGCCACCGAGCUGUCAGAGGACUGUCUGUAUUUGAACGUGUACACGACCACUGAAGCAAAGAGGGGGGACAAACUGCCGGUGAUGGUGUGGAUCCACGGAGGAGGUCUGGUGAUCGGAGCGGCCUCUCAUUACGACGGCGCUCCGUUAGUGGCUUAUGAAAACAUGGUGACGGUUUUCGUUCAGUAUCGUCUCGGCAUUCUGGGAUUCCUGAGCACCGGGGAUGAACACGCUCGGGGGAACUGGGGUUUCCUGGACCAGCUGGCAGCUCUGAGAUGGGUGAAGGAGAAUAUCGAAGCCUUCGGAGGAGAUCCUCAGACGGUCACAGUCGCUGGAGAAUCUGCAGGAGGCAUCAGUGCCUCCCUCCUGACUCUGUCUCCUCAAGCCAAAGGACUGUUUCAGAGGGCGAUCUUUCAAAGUGGAGUCGCAACACUCGGCUCCUCCCCCACCUCCCAUGCUCUGGGUUUCGCUAAGAUCGUUGCCGACCUGAGUGGAUGUGACCACAGCAGCACACAGGAACUGGUCCAGUGCAUGAGAGGGAAAUCUAAAGACGAGUUGCUCAGGGCAACCGAGCAGAUGAAGAUCUACCUGGGGGGGGUGGUGGACGGAGACUUCCUCCCUGACGAAGCAGAGGAGCUUCUCAAGAGGAAGGAAGUGUUGAAGGUCCCAGCGAUGAUGGGAAUCACCAACCACGAGUUUGGAUGGUUGCUGCCUCAGAGCUUUGCGCCCCCUGGCUGGGAGAACGGUAUGAACAGAGAGUCUGUGCUGGCAGUGAUGAACAUGUUCUAUCCUGCAGGGGCCGCCGCUGCCAACAGCAUCAUCGCGGACGAAUACCUGAAAGACGCCAAAACACCAGAGGACAUCAGAGACGGGUUCACUGAAGUCAUGGGAGACCUGCUCAUGAUGAUGCCCGUCAUCAAGGUGGCCGGUUACCACGUCGAUGCUGGGAUUCCAGUUUACAUGUACGAGUUUGUGCACCAAGCGGAGAUUUACCAACACACCAGACCCCACUUCGUGAAGUCAGAUCACGCAGAUGAUGUCGUCUUCAUGUUUGGUGCAUGUUUCUGGAAUGGACAUAUCAAAAUCGGAGCCAACUUCACCAAAGAUGAUGAAGGACUGUGUCGGACCAUGAUGUCGUACUGGGCCAACUUUGCCCGUAAUGGCUCUCCGGACGGUCCGGGUCUGGUCAGUUGGCCUCAGUAUUCCAGACAGAAGCAGGAGUACAUGGAGCUGGGCGUCACACAGACUGUGAGACAGAAACUGAAGGAGGACAGAGUCCACUUCUUCACCGUCACCCUCCGUCAGAAGUUGGAACAGGCAGCAGCAGCAGCAGCAGCAGCAGCCGCACCUGGAAACUGACGUCUGCAAGCGGCUGCGUUGUUUGUUUGUGUUUUAUUUUUCUGCCUCAACUGGUAUCUGACCAGUUACUGUUCAAACCAACUUAUCUCUGUUUCAGGGUUGAUUUACGAGGCUUAUUUUCAAAGUCUCAACUCCACGUGUUUGUAUUGUUUCAUGAACUAACUAAUUAAAGGAAAUACUUUCACUGCAAAAACAGAAAAAA